GAGGCCCCGCCCCCUCCCCCGGCCCGGGUGAUUGACGGCUCCGCUUCCUCGUUGUCUGCGGCGCCCGCCGCUGAUGCUGGAGGAAGAAGCCGGCAGUGGCGAAAAACAACGAGCACCAUCCUCGGAUCGACCCGGCACACAGACAUCGUCCGACCGCCAGCUUCCCCCCCCCCCCCCUCCUCCAUCCCUCUCGCUCGGGACACAGCGACUGCAAUUUGAACGCCCGCCCCCGGCCAGAGUGCGCCUUCAGCCGGCCGCAGCGCGUAGGAAAGACCGCGGAUCCAGCGGUAUUAUCUUCUUGAUCCGGACUGAAGGGGAUGACCGAGAUGAAUGCGUUGGAAUCGAUGAUGGAGAUGGGCUUCUCCCACAACAGAGCGGAAAGGGCGUUGGCAUUGUCAGGGAAUCAAGGAAUUGAGAAAGCAAUGGACUGGUUAAUGGAGCACGAAGAUGACCCCAAUCUGGACGAACCCUACAUUCCACCACAGGGCGAUGUCCUGGGCACCGUGGAGAGAUCGGGCACCGUGGAGAGAUCGGGCACCGUGGAGAGAUCGGAAGCCGAGGAGGCAGAGUUAACCUUCCAAGAGAAUUCCAACCAGAUCCAACAGAACGCAUCGCUAUCGGAGGAGGAGAAGAAGGAACAGCUACGAAGGCUGGAGGAGCUGAUGAAGCAGCGGCAACUGGAGCGGGAGGAGCGGGAGAAGCAGGACGAGGUGAACCGGGAGAAACAGCGGCGGAAGCAAGGCCAGGAGCUCUCGCUCAUCCGCCAGAAGCUGCAGGAGGAGGAGAUGAAGAAGAUCGCCGAGGACAGGCGCAAGGAGAAGCAAGAGGACAUCCGGGCCAAGCAGAGAGUUCGAGAAAAGAUCGAGAGAGACAAGGCUGAGAGAGCACUGAAGUUUGGCGGAGGUCCCGUGGCCACAGUCUCUCCACCGCAGCCAACGCCAGUGCUCCCUCAGUCUAGCCAAGCACCAUUGGCCAAGAGGGAGUACGAUGAAUGCAAGCUACAGAUCCGCUUGCUAGACGGGACGCAACUCACACAGUCCUUCAAGAGCAGGGAGCAGCUGGCUUCCGUCAGGCUGUACGUGCAGCUCCAACAGCAGGAAGACACCGACAACUUCAACCUCAUGACGUCCUUCCCCCGCAAAGUCUUCUCUGAAGAGGACAUGGAGAAGCCCCUUCAGGAGUUAGGUCUGGUACCUUCUGCGGUCCUGAUUGUCUGCAAGAAGUGAACACAGCGGGCGGGGGAACCUCCUUCACCACCGCACUAACUUGGCGCCGUAAAAAAAAUAAAAUGCCUUGGAGCGACGGGGAGAGCGUAGCCAGAGUCACUUGCCUGAACGUACACAGUGCCUACAAGUGUGUGCACACCUGCCAUCUCCAGGGCUUUAUCCGUGCACGGCCUGCCUGCCUUUAACUAAAGACUUGUUUGUCUCAAGAUAAAAAGCGAAAUAAAAAGUGUAAACAUUUUUUAAAUAA